UAGAUUGGAAUAAAUCAUUAAAAAUGUAUGUUAAAAAUUAAAAUGUAUGUCAAAUUACCGUUAAUUUUAUGUAUAUACAAAUUUCGAUUUCUGCAAUCGAUUGUUGCCAACUGCGAUGCCAUCGAAAGACUGCCAUCGGUGUUUUGCCACCUCUAAUAAACUAAAGAAAACGAAAAAGAUUGAUUAAUUUCGGACGACGCGACGGGGCAGAAAAGUGACAUGUCCAACGAAAAAGAGGACGAGUGCGACAAGCACAAGCAGCAGGCGGAGGCGGAAGCCAAGUCGACGUCCAGUGAUGAUUCAGACGAAUAUCAGUCAGCCGGUGAGGGCGAGGAUGGCGAAGGUGUCGACGGUGAUCCCCCUGCGGAGCGCCCGCCGACGCACGCACACCUGUGCGCGGCAGCAACCACACCUGCGGCGGCCAGCGAUAGCACCACUACCACAACCACUACACCAACAGCAGCAGCAGCAGCGGCGGCACCUCCCUUGGUCACAGUAAACGAGCCCUUGGAUUAUCCGAUGCAUCAGAGCGUGUUCGAGGACGACAUCAAGUCGCUGCAACGGCGCCUGCUAAUGAGUACGGCCCAGGACGAGGUGGGGCGAAAGGACAAGCACGGUAACACACCGCUCCACCUCGCCGUGAUGCUGGGCAGGAAGCAUGCCGUGCGCCUGCUACUGGCCCACAACGCCCCCGUGAAGAUCAAGAACAAUGAGGGCUGGUCCCCGCUGUCCGAGGCCAUUAGCUACGGCGACCGCCAGACCAUUACCCAGGUGCUGCGCAUGCUCAAGCUGCAGUCCCGCGAACACAUGGAGGGUCGCCGGGAGAAGCUGGUCAAUGCGCUGCGCCAGAUACAGGACUUCUACAUGGAGUUCAAGUGGGACUUUCAAUCCUGGCUGCCGCUCGUUUCACGCAUCCUGCCCUCGGACAUCUGCCGGCUGUACAAGUCGGGCGCCUCGAUACGCCUGGACACGACGCUGGUGGACUUUAACGAUAUGCGUUGGGAGCGCGGCGACAUAUCGUUCCUGUUCCGCGGCGAGGCGCCGCCUAGGGACUCGCUGGUGCUGCUGGACAACGAGCAGGAGUGUUUCCAGCGGCUGCGUUACGAGGAGGCCGACAUGGAGGACGAGGUCGAUGUCCUCAUGUCCACCGACAUCCUGGCCACGCAGAUGUCCACCAAGACGAUACAGUUUGCGCGGGCGCAGCGUGGCUGGAUAUUCCGUGCGAAUCGCAAGGAACUGAUUGGCGGGCAGUAUCAGUGCGAGAUCUACACAAUCCAGGGUCUGAUCCUCAAGCAGCGCAAGCGACGUGAACACCUCUCCCACGAGGAUCUGCAAAAGAAUCGCGCCAUUGUCGAGACAAUCACGAAGGGCGGCCCCAGUGCCAAUCAUCAACCGGAUGGUCGGCGCUCCAGCCUCAAUAGCCAACACACGGCCACGCCGCCCGAGACCAAUACGCCGACGGCACCGAAUGGCAUCACACUGCCGGAGCUGCCGCGUCGCAGUUCGCUCCAGGCACCGCCCGCCACCACGGUCACCUGGCAGCAGUAUUUGGACGCGGAGGUGGGCAAGUGUCCGCAGCUGGGAAGGCCACCCGUUCACAAGCAGUCGAACAAGACGCUGCGUGCCACGGUGGCGAUGAGCAAGGACUUUCCCCUCAGCGUGGAUAUGCUACUAGACGUUCUGGAGGUGGUGGCUCCCUUGAAGCACAUCAACAAGCUGCGCGAGUUUGUUACGCUCAAGCUGCCGACGGGUUUUCCGGUGAAGAUCGAGAUCCCAGUGCUGCACACGGUCACCGCCAAGGUAACGUUCCAAAAAUUCGAGUUUCGCGACAACAUCCCCGCCAAGAUGUUCCAGAUACCGUCGCACUACUGGGAGGAUGUGCGACGCUUUCAGGACUUAUGACCAGGAGACGGUGAAGCCGCCGCCCCACCCAAGGCCAAAGCCUCAUCCUCCUCAUCCGGAUCGAGCAUUCAUGUCGACUUGAAUCGCAAUGCGCCGCCGUCACCCUCCAUUGCGGAGUUCGAUUGAAGGGAAGUUGGCCCCGAAUUUCUGCCUGCCUCUGCCCCCCGCCCUCUAAAUUGUGUCGCUCGUGGGAGUGGAGUGAAAUCUGCUCCAGCGAGCCCUGUGUUUUGUGUAUGUAUAUGUUUAAGAGGAAACCCCCAAAAAACAAAAACAAAAAUUGCAA